AUGGGCAUGACUCCAGACCAAAUGCGUCAAUUACUACAGGAAACCACCCGCGAUACUAUAGCUGUGGCUGUACAAAACAGAAUUCGCAGCAACCCGGGCCCGCCAGGACCUCCAGGCCCAUCUGGUACGCCAGGCGCAGACGGUUUAGAUGGCGAACCUGGUCUGAGUGCGACCGGAAGAGCCCCACACUGGAAAACAGAAGACGUUGGUUAUUUCACGCCUGAUCCCAAUUCUGUUGGCCCCGAAAGUGUCACGUACCUCCAGCACGUUUGA